AUGGCUUUGAGACUUGAAGAUUUCCUAGAGCCAUGGCAGGGAGCGAAUGCUGACGAGCUAAGGCACAAGCUUGCGGACUCGGUGCGACCAACUUCGAUUAGACGACAAUACAAGCUCCUUGGCCAGCCUGAACGCUGGGAUGAAUUCAACUCAGCCAACAUCUCCCUAAUCCCUGACGUACGCACCUCGCUAGACUCAGUAUUCACGCCUCGAUGGGUGGCCUGGUUACCAGACCUAGCCCGUGUUAUAUACAAUGAGAGGAUGCUAGAAGCCCUUUACGCGAGUACCUUGGUGACUCGUGUCAAUGUCGCCCUCCAACACGCACUUCCAGGAGAUCGCUGCGUUACCAUUAUCACGUGUCCAGGUUCUUUUGACAGUUUUGAUCCUCUUGUAACCACUCGAGACUGGACUACCAUUUUGCCUGAUUGGAUUGUCUUGGAAGGCACAUAUACACCAGACGAUGUUACAUUCCCAAAAUUGCAAUAUCUUGCACGGGAAGGAAAGGUUGUUGCGGUUGGUGAUACAAAAGUGGUCCGGCGGCGAUUCAAUGCUAGUGGGGCGAAUGACGGAAAGCCUGAAGGAACGAUUGAUGGCACGCAUUCAUGCCAUUUCACCUUUCUAUCCCAGGUAGAGCACUACGCCCGAAUGCUUUAUACACGGUUUGGAUUUGUCCUCACCAAUAAAGAGCUCGUGUUAGCGCAGUUCUUAGGAGAAGAAGAGGCGGAACCACGGCUCGUUCAUGAGCGUGGACUACGGUCAUCAAAGAACCCUCAACCUCUUCAAGAGCUUUCAUCAGAUUUUAUUUCAGAUCUCGGGAGUUUUCAGUCGAGAGAAGCAGGAGAUAGCGCUGUCGCUGCAGAACCCGUGCAUACCUCUGAUUCAAGGCAAAAGAGAGCAUACGCGAGAAGUGAGAACUCGACUCCACCACGACCUUACCCUGUCUCUGUCACCGACUCAAUGGCCCAGGACGAUAUCAGACUACCCUCAACUCCAUCCGCUUCAUCACCCGUCGCAGAUGAUUUGCCGUCGAGUCCUCCUAGGUUCGCCGGGGAGGAGGUUAUAGGAGACGCAACUCAGACGAUGCCAUUCACUCGGGCCACUCGAUCUUCACACAAUGAUACUAGUCCCAGUCUGCAUCGGCCAAGUCAGGUCUUAUCUCCUUCAGCCAAUGAAAUAGUUUCAUCUGAAUUGGAAAAAUCUCAAUCGAGCGGUACAGCAUUCAUAAGUUCAGACCGCGAUAACGAAGUUGGAAGGAUUCUAGUUCAUAGUGUGAGGAUUCCGAACACAUGCGAUAGGGAUGCGUUGGUCGGACAAGAUAGAGAAGCAGGACAAGGGAUGCAUCCAGCUAAGGCUUUGUUCGGGAUGUUAAUGCUAGCUUCAUCGGUCGGCGCGCAAGGAAGACGGUUAGGAAAUGAGGAAAUACAAUUUGGGGCCAUAGAUAGUGGAGGCAGUGAUGGAGACAGUGAUGGAGACAGUGAUGGAGACAGUGAUGGAGACAGUGAUGGAGACAGUGAUGGAGACAGUGAUGGAGACAGUGAGAACUGA